UCGGUGCGGCGCCGGCGCAGAGCCGUAGCCGCCCCGUUUCCCCCCGCCCCGCCUCGCCCGCUGGUGUUUCCACGUUCGGCCAGCGCCGGAGGGACGGGCGGGUGGGCGGGUACGGGCGCGGCGUGACCAAUCAGGGGCGCCCACGACCCUCCCCGCAGACGUUCGGGCUGUCGCUCCGGGGCGCCGCUACUGUCGCCGCGGGCGUCGGGGGGCGGCGGAGAUGGUGUCUCCCGCGGCCUCCGCCGGGCGCCUGGGCUCCGCACUGCCCUUCCUGCUCGUACUCUUCGACCUGCAGUACCAGGGCGCUGAAUGUGGAAUAAAUGCAGAAGUAGAAAAACAACUUGAAAUGGGAAAGAAGUUAUUGGCUGCUGGACAGCUAGCAGAUGCUUUGUCUCACUUUCAUGCAGCUAUAGAGGGAGACACUGAUAACUACAUUGCCUAUUACAGAAGAGCCACAGUGUACUUAGCCAUGGGCAAAUCUAAAGCAGCAAUUCGUGAUUUAAGUAAAGUGGUUGAAUUAAAGCAGGACUUCACAUCAGCAAGAUUACAGAGAGGACACUUACUGCUCAAGCAAGGAAAAUUUGAUGAAGCAGAGGAUGACUUUAAAAACGUGCUCAAGUCUAAUCCUAGCAAUAAUGAGGAAAAAGAAGCCCAGACUCAGCUGACAAAAUCUGAUGAGCUACAGCGCCUGCAUUCCCAAGCAUUAUCUGCCUACCAGCAAGAGGAUUACGAAGCUGCUAUUUCUCUUCUUAAUGAAAUCUUGGCAGUUUGUGUUUGGGAUGCAGAGCUACGGGAACUUCGAGCUGAGUGUUAUAUAAAGGAAGGGGAACCAAGCAAAGCCAUUAGUGACUUGAAAGCUGCUGCUAAGUUAAAGAAUGAUAACACUGAAGCCUUCUAUAAAAUCAGCAGAAUAUAUUAUCAGCUGGGGGACCAUGAAUUAUCACUCAGUGAAGUCCGUGAGUGUCUGAAACUGGACCAAGACCAUAAGCAGUGCUUCUCUCUCUAUAAGCAAGUAAAGAAACUCAAUAAGCAGAUUGAGUCAGCAGAGGAAUUCAUCCGAGAAGGCAGGUAUGAAGAUGCUAUCAGUAAGUACGAUUCUGUAAUGAAAACUGAACCAGAAGUCCCAAUUUAUGCCACUCGUGCCAAAGAAAGGAUCUGCCACUGUUUAUCAAAGAAUCAGCAGCCCACAGAAGCUAUAAAAGUUUGCACAGAGGUUCUUCAACUGGAGCCAACCAACGUGAAUGCCCUGAAAGACAGAGCAGAAGCUUAUUUGCUGGAAGACCUGUAUGAAGAAGCUAUUAAAGACUAUGAGACAGCUCAAGCCAAUAGUGAAAAUGACCAGCAGAUUCGGGAGGGGCUUGAACGUGCCCAGAGGAUGCUGAAGCAAUCACAGAAGAGGGAUUACUAUAAAAUCCUGGGAGUAAAAAGAAAUGCUCGAAAGCAAGAAAUCAUAAAAGCUUACAGGAAGCUGGCGUCCCAGUGGCACCCUGAUAACUUCCAGAGUGAGGAAGAAAAGAAGAAAGCAGAGAAAAAAUUCAUUGAUAUAGCAGCUGCUAAAGAAGUCCUCACUGACCCAGAAAUGCGGCGGAAGUUCGACGCGGGAGAGGACCCUCUGGAUACCGAGAGCCAGCAGGGCGGGGGAAACCCUUUCCACAGGAACUGGAACACGUGGCAAGGAUUCAACCCCUUCGGCUCCGGAGGAGGACCAUUUACAUUCAAAUUCCACUUCAGUUAGAGCCCGAGACUUUCUGGUGGCCGCUGCUGGUUUUAUACUUAAUUCGUUGAAAAAUAAAAAGUCUCUCAAUUCAAGACCCCUCCCCCCCAAAAAAACCUUAAUUCCUGAUGUUGUCCUCAACCCCAAGUCUUGCUGCACUAGAAGAAAGCCCCUUGUUUCUUUUAGUGUUCAGAGGCUUUGCUUUGUGGUGAACCUGACAAGCUCGUCCUGCUUUGGGGGGGGUUUGUUGCUGCCCAUGUGUUUGCUGUGGAAAUGCAGGACAUCUGUGUUCCUACGGAUGAAAAAACCAGUAAGAGGCUUCUUAGGACAACACUUAAAUUUAGGACUCAAAUAUACGCUUAAAAAGGUAAAAAUGCAUGUAAAUAUCUUUCUGAAUCGGGGCCUAAUAAAGAGGGAAAGGGUAGUUACAGUAGUGUCUUCGUUAACAAGCCGUUAGCUGUUGUGCGCAGCAGAAUGAGCCAUCUCUCAGUGUUGUUGAGAGGAAGCCACAGUGCCCCCGAGCCUGAGCAGCCCUUCGGAGAGAAGGCGGCACCUGGGUCACUGUGUUGGAGAAAGUCUCUCCGUGCUUCGUCCGUUAACCUGGACUGGGACGAGUUCCUUGGCGCUGAUUUACACAUUGAAGUAUCAGCUCCCGGAUGCUUUUCGAAAGCCUUUUCCCGCGAUGUGAUCUGGGAUGUCUCGGUAUCACGUGUGAGUAGCGUGCACUUUAUCGAAAUCCCUGCCAGAGAUGCGAGCACAAAACGCGACGUGACAUCUCCCCGGCCGUGCAGCAGUUUAUUCCUUCCACGCAGGUGAGCUGGGGACCGCUGGAGGUUCCGUGGGGCUGCGGCCCCGGCCCUGCCCCCGGCGGCGGGGGCGGCUCCGGCCCAGCCCCCGGCCCUGCCCCGCAGCUCCGCCCCGUGCCCGCGGCCGGCAGCCACCGCUGCGGGCGGGAACUGGCAGCGGGGCUGUGCUUUGUGCAACAGCGGCGGCACCGUGGAAACAACGGGGUGCAAAAAAGAGAGGCGCUAAGUUUCCACUGGCUACCAGUCUGGUUUGUUUUUCUGUGUGCACGCAGCUGCGGUUGGUUUAGAGUAGGGAUGGAAGGGUGUGAAAGCCGUGUGAGGUGUUGGCAGGGCGGGAGCUGCUGUGAGGCAGCCAUCUCGCCUUCCCAAUAGUGUGAGGAUUACAGUUCAUCGACCUUAUGUUGAUUGGAAUUUAAGUGGAAAACCAUACUCGGCUGUUGGGAAGCUUCUCUCCCUUCAGCUCGCAGCAUCUGAAAGCAUCAGCAGCCUCAGAAAUGAAAUGAGCAAAUAAGGCCUUUAGUCCGAAAGUGGGGAUUCGGCAACCGCAGUCGGUGCUGCUGGUGAAACGUAGCCUGUGGCUCCUGCCUCAGGCACUUGGCAAGAGGCUGUGGGGCUUCAUAAAAUGUUUUUCAACAGCAAUUCAAAGAUCAGUGUUGAUUCAGAAAUACAGUGUUGAUUCAUCAGAAAUGUAUCUUUGAAGAGCACAGUAGUACACGGUACAGAAACACCUCAGCUGCCUCUUAAACUCCACUGUUGGGUGUUUUCCAAGUUGAAUGACUUUCCAGUACUUUUAACUUCGGCUCUUGUCCUGCCUGAAAGCUUUUUGUUUAAGCUCUAUGGAAGUCACUGAGGACGCCAUUCAUGCCGUUGUAGGUUGUGUGUGGGUCUCGAAGGACCUCCCGGGCUCAGGUGUAGAAACCUGCUGUGCAACGCAACAAGAGACCCCCCCAGUGCUCUCUGCUUUCGUCCCUGGCCAGUGAGAGGUGGGGGGUGGCUGCUGGCUGCUGUUGGCCAUGAGCAGGGAGCCAGUGAGAGGUGGGGGGUGGCUGCUGGCUGCUGUUGGCCAUGAGCAGGGAGCAGGGCCUGGCUGUGUGGGCUGCUGCUGCUGCAGGGAGGCGGGUGGCUGUGUCUGGGUGCGAGGCUGCUCUGGGUAAAGCCACCUCUGUUGCCUCGCUUGCUGUAAGAGGGGCUGCUUGGAUUUUAAUCCUGAAGGACCACUGUAAGCAGGUCAGGUUUUGUACCUCCAGGAAUGCUGCACAGUUUGGGGAAGUCGCCAUGAGCUGUGCAGGCAGCUGUGUUGGCCUGAUAGGGCACUGCUGGAAAUGAGACAUCUCCGAAGGGCACUGCCCCUGUUCACCCUUUCUGUUCUCAUCCCCCUCCCUUCUCUCUUGGAAAAGCUACAGCUGAGAAAAUUGACUCCCGGGUUAUAUUUUUCUUUUGGGGAAGGAAUAAGAUGGUCCCUCCUAAGUACUUCAGUUACUCUUACGAGCUGCUGGCCUUUCUCUAAGAGACAGGACAGUUCUGCCAAACGCUGGAAGCAGUCGGGAGCAAAAGGAUUGUGUUUACUCUGAGAAGGAAUGUGAAAGGGAGAAUGUAAGGACAAAAAAACCCCCUUGAACGUUGCCAGUAGAAGGAAGAUGGUUAAAGCCUGAGUGCUGUUCGUGGAUCCCUUCUGUGCAAGACGGUGUCUUGAAAACAAACCCAAGCAGUGGCCCUGGAGAAGGCAGCUUUCUGAUAGCAGUAGCUGCUGAAGGAGGGCUGGAGUGUUCCCAGCCCAGGGGGCAGAUCCUGGCUUGUAGCCCUAAGGUAUGUCCAGAAACACAAAGACAAGGGUUUGUUAAGAAGAAAACAUCUCUCUGGAGGCUGGCAGAGAGGGUAGGGUGGUGCCUUUCCUGAUACCAGGAAGAGAAGUGGUGGUGACACCCCUGGGGAGGUGUUGGUGGUGCAGACGAUGUCCAAGGAAGCCAAACUCGCCUCUUUAUUUGUUAGUGGGUGUCUGUGGUGCAAUAAUGUUCAAUGACCGAACAUGGAAAUAGAUGUCUUGGUAGUUCGAGAUGUGCAUGAAGCAUCGUUACAGUAAUUGGCCUGUAUGUAGAUGCCAACUUUGUUGAAUUCUCUUUUUUCAGUCGUAAUAAACUAGUUUCCAACUUGUUUUAAAAGGAUGGCUUGGGGGGGGGGUGGAGGGGGGGGAGAGUGUAUUUCACUUGACAUGUGUGUGAUACUGAUUUAUUAAUCAGUAUUAAACCAGAGUCAAAGUGAAUUACAAACUUAAGAGCUCAAAAUGGUUCCAGUUUUCAGACCAGUAUUUGGAAUGAGACUUUUAUUCUUCCUUUUAGGGCUGUGAUUUGUAGGAGCUUUACUGCAAAAGAGCCAGUACAGAGUAGCGGGUUAGUUGCAUUUAAAAGUGCCUUACUGUAAGGUAUUGUUUGUUUGCUCUGUAAUAGACACUUUUAUCCUUAAAGUAAUAAAAUAAACAAAAGGGGAGAAUAAUUACUGGGUUUUUUUUGCCCUCAGCAAGUCUCGAAGUAGCAGUUUUACGUUGUAAGAAGGAGAAGCAAAGGUAGCCAGAGAUUUAUCAAACGUUUCAAAUGAUUAAAAUGUCUUUAUAUAAAAAUCAUAAAUCUAAAACGCAAGAACUGUUUUUUCUAGAACUGUGGGAAUUAUUUUAUGGUAUUUUUCACAAUAAAGAUAUUUAUGAUGACAACAAA